UUCCUCCCUGCAAUCACGACCGCAAUGGUUCUCAAGAUACACGGUCAUGCUGUAGCUCCCCUUGUCAGACUUGUCGCAGAAGUCUGCCAAGAGAAGGAAGUGCCGUACGAGCUUGUGAACGUAGAAGUCUAUAAGGGGGAGCAGAAAACGCCUGCCUUCAGAGAGUUCCAGCCUUUCGGACAAGUUCCCUACAUAGAUGACGAUGGGUUCAUCCUCUAUGAGUCCAAAGCCAUUUGCAGAUACAUUGCAAAGAAGUACGCAUCACAAGGCACUCCAGGCCUCGUGCCCCAUGACCCGAAAGCGGAGGCACUCUUUGAACAAGCGGUGUCAAUCGAGACGUCGAACUUUUACCCGUUUGCAUUGGGUAUUGCCACGGAGAAAAUCAUCAAGAAGCAUCGUGGCCUGGAACCCGACGAAGCCAGAGUAUCCGUAUUGUUGAACACCCUGAACACAAAACUAGAUGCAUACGAAGUUAUACUUGGAAAACAGGCGUAUCUUGCAGGAGGUAACAUUACGUUGGCCGACUUAUUCCAUCUUCCGUAUGGAACAAUCGUGUUCGAAGAAUUGGCGUAUGACAUGUUGGAAAGUAGACCAAAUGUGGCAAGGUGGUGGAAGGAGAUCACUUCGAGACCUUCUUGGCUUGCGGUCAAAGCCAAAGCUUAAGCCAGCGGUAGUGGGAGCUAUUGGAACUCAUUUCAGACGCAUCUGUCCAAGUAGGGAAAGCGAAAAUAAAGAUGGAACUUGAUGUUACAUAAAAUGUCUGC